CUGUAUUCUACUAAUAACCUCUUGAAUAUCUGGUUAUUUGUAUUUCUAUUUGUAUUUGUACUUGUAUAUUUGGACAAGCUUACCGCUCUAGUAGUUACUGCUUUAGUAGUUACUGUUUGUGUGUUUGAUAAGGGCGCCUAAAACCCCGUCUGUUUAUAGUCCAGUUUAUAAUCCUUAUUGACUUCAUCAUUGCUUAGUUAAUCUUAAGUUAAUUUUAAGCCAGCCCGUAAUGCUAUGCAUAGUAUAAGUGGCUUUGGCAUGCUGCUCUUAUCUGUAUUUUUUUUUUUUGUACCUCUGUAUGUGUGCUCAAAUUUAAAAUAAAUAAAUAAAUAAAUAAAUAUAGGGCCACUGACGACAUAUGCAGCCCUGCAUAUCUUCCACCACCCUAAACCUCUGCUAGCAUCUCAAUAACCACUUUAUUUCUUUAUAUUCUCCACAGUAACCACUUUAUUUCUUUACAUUAUCUAUUGUGUUUUUAUACAGUAUUUCUUAUUUAUAAAUUACAUACAUUGUUUCAGUGUGACUAGUGGUGGUGAUCACUGCUGCUGCCACCACCACCACCACUAUACGGCUUAUUCUGUCAGUAGCCCUUAUAAACCCAACAACAACAAUAAUAAUCACACCACCACUUGCCACAUAUUUGUGAGAAUGUUGCUGAUCCAGAGUAUAACAAGCCAAGAGCUGCACCAUCGACUUGCUUUUUCAAUUUAUUGCACUAAUUCUCAGCUUGUUUAUCUUCAGUACUAAGAGUAAAUUGAGGAUAGAUUUCAUUUUCCUCCUAAAUAUAAAAGCACUGUUGAGGAUAAUUGUAAGUACUACAGUCAAUUCAUUUCCAGCUGACUUUUGUAAAAGCAAAUUUUGUAGAGAUCUAAAUGUUAUUAAAAAACUGCAUAUAGCAUAGUAAGAAAUUGACAAGUUCAAGAAAUUGAAAUCAGGAUAAUUUGAGGUGAAACUUCAUAUAUUCUGGAAGUUCAGGACAGUACUCUGAGUUAUUAGAAACCAUGUCACUAAGAAGGAAUAGUAGUGGAGGAACACCAGGUGCAUCACGGGUCAGACAGGCUUUUAAGAGUCCUUUCAGAGUGGCUGGGUCCACAGACCCAAAUGCAAAUAACACUUCACCUAAUAAGAAAGAUUCUGAGGAAAUCAGCAGUGUAAAUAAAGAGACAAAUAUUUUUACUAUAGGUUGCAGUGAUAGAGUGGUGGCAGAUAGAAUGAACCAAACACCACCUCAGUUACAGUCAAAGCUAAUCAUUGCAAAUAGCUUAACUCCCAAGAGAAUUACAAUAGGCAGGUCACCAUCUCUUUUAAGUUCUUGCCGCAGAAGAGUAGUUCCACAGCAUUUUAGUGUUCCUUUCCGGACUCCAAGCAAGAACACACUUUCUCAGAAUUUGUUACCUCCAGAAAAUCAGUUGGCCCAGCUUUGUGAAAAAGAAAGUGAGUUGGAUGAAGAAAUAGCUUCUUUGAAAAAUUGCGGUUAUAAGAUUGAAGAACUUCAGUGUCAUAUAGAAAAUCUUCAUCAAUAUAAUGAGAUAAAAGAUGCAGCACAGCUUGUUAUGGGCAGACUGGCAGAACUGGAAGGGGUAACAACAAAAGAAAUACAUGAAAGGUAUGGUGUUCCUACUAUGGAAUAGGAAGGACUGGUUUAUAGUCUUCAUUAAUUAUUAUUGGAAUUGCAAUUUGAAGUGCAGGUAAUCUGUAUUUUUUAGUAUUGCACAUGCCACAGUAAACGGAUUAAAGACUAAAUACAGUA